GGCGGAGCGCUGGAAUCGUGUUUAGACUAUUGUUCCAGCUAUUGUUCUCGUUAACCAAUCCGCAACGAGACAGAUUGCCUUUAAUCCCCCAAGCCUGAUUAAAUUUCUUAAUGCGUCAUGUCUGAUGGUAGAUUUACAUGUAAUGAGUGUCUGAAGUAGAUUUACAUCCUUGAGUUUCGGUUUCGAAAACUUUCCUUAUUCAAGAGUAUAAAAACCAGAAAGACAGAAGAUCAAGAUAGUUGCUGAUUGAGACACUAGAAGAACACGCAGACUUUGUGUGAUUGCAAGAAAAAGAAAUAAAGAGCAGUAAAAGGCAUCAUGAGCGUACCUGGUGGAUUUGGACCUGUGACUGCAGCUGAUGAGAAAACGCAAAAGCUGAUUAAUGCGGUGAAGCCACAAGUCGAGGAAAAACUUGGCAAAGAUUUCCAGGUUUACAAAGCUGUAACGUAUAGAGAGCAGGUGGUGGCUGGAUCUAAUUACCUUGUGAAAGUCAAUGUUGGUAACGGAGAUUACAUCCAUCUCCUUAUUUUUGAAGAUCUCCCAUGCAGUGGCUCAAAGAUAGUUUUGACAGGUAUUGAAGUAGGAAAGACACCGGAUGAUGAUCUCAGCCCUUUUGAGGGGUUUCGUGUCUAAUCAAUUCUCAUUAGGAUGGCUGAACUUAUUGUAGUAAUGGAGCCAGUAUAGUUUAUAAGAAAGUAAAAUGCUUUGGCAAAUGACGUUGUUGAUGUUCAAAAUCCUUUGUAGCAUUGUAAGAUUGAAACAACUUUGACUAGAGUCGUAAGGUUUUCCGCACUGCCCCAAGGUGUUUCUAUGAGCAAUCGAGCUACCAAUAUUGCAUAACCUGUUUCAAUUUCUGCUUUUGCAAGCGAAGCUUUAGAUUUACCUUGUCACAGAAUUAAAUUGGGAAAAUUCUUAUUUGAGAAUGUCCCAGAAUAUUCUUAUUCUGUGCUCUUUUCCCACUAUUAUAUUCUUCCGUAGAAGGGGCCAACUAUCAUAUUAAGUAAGUCUCUUCUAACUUUUUUGGUUAGUUGAUGUUCAUUUACCAGAGGGAACUAAUGAGUCGAUUAGUCUAUCAAACACAGCCCUCUAGAUAUCCAAUUCUUGAUUCUUUCUGGGUUUUUAUGAUCUAAGAUCAAUGAUAUCAGAUCGAAAUCUAAAACAGCCUUCAACCCCUGGCUGUACAAGUAGCUUCGAAUAGCAGAUUAACAUUUUCUCUAACGAUGGAAAAUACGGUUUUAGAAUAUGCUUCUUGGAAAUCCUGGAGUAUUGGCCCUUAGAACAUGAAUGGUGCCAAUUGUGAUACAAAAAUAGAAAAUUAAAUAAAAGUUACCCUUUAUACUAUAUUAGAAUUGGGUACAAGAGCCUGAGCCUCUAUUUGGGCCUUCUUCUAUCAAUUUGAUACGAAGACGAGAAAGAACUUCCUAUUCUUUAUAACAAACUGGGACGAUUUGCGAAAGGCAAAAGACAUAAUUGACAAU